AUGACGUUCGGAAAAACCGCGUGGCGGUGGCAUGCGCUCCGGGUGCGAAAAGCUGCGACGGCCUGGCAGGAUCGUCAGCCCGAGGGUUGCCGUGCCGACGCCCACCCUAGUGAUGACGUAAGUAGCGCUUGUUCAUGGGGUCCUGGUACUCACGUCCUCGGCUGGGGUCGAGGUCACAAGGCCACCCACGACAAACGCUUACGCCCCACAGCAAACGCGGUGGCAACACCGGUGGAGGUGCGGGUGGAGGUGGACGUGGAAGAGGUGGCGGUGACGGCGCUCAUCGACCGUGACGUGCGUGUUUUGUACCACUAUAUAUAA